GUGCGCAAUGGCACCGAGCGCUCUCCUGCUCCUCCCGCUCUCCUCACUGUGCAGGACGCGAUGGCCAGACACACAUUAACUCUGCACGGAUGAUGCUUUUCCUCGAUGGCAUCUGAUGAAUUCCUCACUUGGAAACAGUAACAGUGUUGUGUGCCAAACAUCUCAUCUUCACGUCAAAAGGACGUCUCCAUGGCAAUGUUUAGAGGUGCACACCAACUCUGGAAUGAGUCAAACCUCCUCAGAUGGGAUGAGAGUAAUGAGAGUUUAGAGGCAUCGGAACAAGACAAGGGGGCGUGUAACUACUACGCCAUGCUGUACUCCUUGCUCAUCCUGGCCAUCGUGUUUGGGAACGUGCUGGUGUGUCUGGCUGUGCUGAAGGAGCGUUCCCUCCAGACCACCACCAACUACCUGGUGGUCAGCCUGGCUGUGGCGGACCUGCUGGUGGCUUCAUUGGUUAUGCCCUGGGCUGUGUACUUGGAGGUGGUCGGCGGUGCCUGGCUUUUCAGCCGGCUUUACUGUAACAUUUUUGUCACUCUGGAUGUGAUGAUGUGCACCGCCAGUAUCCUUAACCUGUGUGCUAUCAGCAUUGACAGGUACACAGCAGUGGUGAUGCCCGUUUUGUACAACACCACCCAUAGCUCCAGGAAGAGAGUUUUGGUGAUGAUUACCACUGCGUGGGUCCUGGCUUUUGCCGUUUCCUGUCCCCUGCUUUUUGGCUUCAACACCACAGAUGACCCGACGGUGUGUUCGAUAUCCAACCCCGACUUUGUGAUUUACUCCUCAGUGGUGUCUUUCUACCUGCCUUUUAUUGUCACUCUGCUGGUCUACAUCCGCAUCUACGUAUUCCUUAGGAUGAGGCGGAAGAGGAUCUCUUUCGGCCAGGCCAGUCGAAAGGUCCAGCCAGGCUCAACCCGGCAGUCUGCGGACACUUGUUUGCAAGAAGAGACCCCCAGGGCAAAGCAAGACCUUUCACCUAUAAGAAUUAAAGUGCAGAGUGUAGAGCCUUCAGCUUCCUCCAAGCUCAACUUGCUCUCAAUGUGCCUGUGGCGCAAACACCCAAAAACAGGUCCAGUAGAGAACUCAGUGAUGCCCCCAGUCGAUACACAGAACUACUGCAGCAUCAGCCACGCCUCCUGUGGCCGUACCGAGCUAGAUCUGGAGCAGGAGCAAGAGGAAGAGGAGGCGGAUGACACCACCCAAAAUGAGCAACCCGUCAAGAUGAGCUCCGAGGUGAAGGAUUUGUCCAAUGGACAAACACGCACGUCAGUGCGGCCAAUGCCUCACUCUCAUACCAACAGUUCACGAUUCAGGAGCAUGCAUGCACGGGAGAAAAAGGCCACUCAGAUGCUAGCUAUUGUGCUUGGGGUGUUUCUCAUCUGCUGGCUGCCGUUUUUUGUGACUCACAUUCUGAACACCCACUGCAGGACAUGCUACGUGCCUCCUGAGCUUUACAGUGCAUUCACUUGGCUGGGGUAUGUCAACAGUGCCCUCAACCCUAUUAUCUACACCACCUUUAACAUCGAAUUCAGACGGGCUUUCAUCAAGAUCCUCAGCUGCUGAGGAAGGCGGUUCACCAGGACAUUAAAAUGGGAAUGAGCCUGUACACUCGUGAUUUAACUCAAGCAUGGUGCAUUUACUAAAGAGCAAGCACAGGUGUGUAUACUGGUCAUGGUUGGAAGCAAACCUGCUUUGUGAACGGGUUAUGCAACAGAAACAAGGUGAAUCACUGAAAUAAAAUGAUACUGUUGUGUGCAGUAAAUGCAAACAAAAAACUAUUUUUACUUUUUUGACCUCAGCAAAGGCUCAAACUUUUGUUUCUCUCCAUUUGAACAAUACUGCUCCUCAAGUAAGACAUUUCACAUGCAUCCCACAUGAAUCUUCUUGUGGAUAUGUCUUGUAUAAUAUGUGUACUGCUCCUUGCUACAGUUCAGAUCUUUCUGACUGAUGUAAGUUUGGAAGCUCUUUUUAGCCAGGAUUGAGCAUUAAGACUGAUAAAUUGAUCUUAAACCUGGAGGCCACCUCGUUCUGAGGCCCACUGCCACCGCAGCGUAUGGAUUAACUGAUGUUACACACCUCCUCAACUCUCCCCAUCUUUCAUCAUGACCAUAAGCGUCUCACAAGCGCAUGCACAAAUCAAAAUUCAAGUUAUUUCACUUGAACUAUGCUAGAGGGAUCAAUCUGGUCCCUAUCAAGAGUCAAAGCAUUCUGAAUGAGAUGCAUGUAUUGAUGUGGAGGCAAUGUGCCUGGAGUAAAAACUGUUUGGAUAUAAUGCACAGGGGAAACAUUUUCAGUGUUUUUUUUUUAAUGUCUGUUCAUUAACAAACCUGCCUGUGAUUUAGAGCUGCCUGCCCAAUGUUCUGAUAAUGGCAGGAGUUUUGGUAUCUUUACAAAUUAAGCAGGAUUGUAAACCAC